AUGUUCUUCAGAUCUCAGGGAUCCUUCUACCUUCUGACUCUUCUACUUCCUCUUUCGGUCCUAGCUUUACCCGCUAAACAACCGAGAGUCAGCCAUACCCGAUACAUAGUGCAAAGGGAUGCUCCACCCACCUCCACGCUGCCUAGUAGUAUCACCACGGCCAAUUCUUCUUCUUCAACUAACGACGACACCCCUACGGAUCCUGCUACGACAACUACAGAAGACUCCAACUGGAUCGGGAAGCUCGCUUCCCUUGCUGCUGAAGCGGCCAGUUCCAGCGCUAAUGCGGCAAGCAGCAAUGGCACAAAGACAAGUUCAGCUACGAGUAGCGCUCCUACGUCUGAUGUCACUUCCACUUGGAACAAGGAGAAGAACGGAGAAUAUGGGGCUUUCAUAGUGGAACUCGAUCCUUUCACUUGUGCUUACAACGGACAAGAUACAUAUUGCAAUGACGCUGAUCCAGAAACAUUACCUAUUUACUCGAUGAAUACUGAUAACAAGACUGUCGAUAUGACAUGGAUCUUUUCGGCUUAUGAUUCAGGUAUUGCAAGUAACAAGAACGAUACUAAGUAUUGGAAUAAUUCAGUUCCGAUGAAAGUUGUCAAAUGCGCUAUCGUAUUUACCCCUGGAGAGUCAUCCGAUGAGAGUACCAUACAAGUACAUACCCAGAGACCUUUCGUGAAAGAGGUAGAUGAGAAGAAUCUGGUAAAACUGGACUGUGUGGGUGAUGCUGAUGACAUUGAGAAAGAUGAUGGGGAAGGCGAAGAGAAUGAAAAUGAUGACUAA